GGUUCGGCUUAGAAGAAGAAAACUAGUUUAUACACAGUAAAAAAUAAACAAAAAUAAAAGAAAAAUAAAAGCGGAAAAUAACAAACAAAGACUUCGAAACUCAGAGAGAAGCCUCACUUUCAGUCGAGAGUCCCGAGCUCAAUAAAUCCUUUGGGAGUUUUCCAUUUUCGAGUUUUUGAGCUCCGGAGCUGUAAAUUUCAGAAGCAGAAUUUCCCAAGCAGCGAAAAUCUCAAAGAAGCAAAGCGGGUCCAUACAGAUUCAAAUCGAGUUCAAUGUUGGUCCAAGACCGUACACUCCCAAAAUCUCCAAAGCCUCAGAUCAGGUCCCUCCCCACCACCACGCUUCAUCAUCACCAAAACCGUUUCAGUGAAUCCAAAUCCCUCGAUUUCUCAACAUGGUUUUCCGAUAAUCUCUACAAAAUCUCUACAAUUGUUGUUUUUAUCGUCACCGUCGCGAUCUUCUUCUUCUUAUAUAACAGCACGGACACCGCCUCCUUCCUGCGGUUUCAAUCCCAGUCCACGCAGUCUCUUAAGUCGGUCACUCUCCCCAAAAUCAACUGGAACUCCAUCAGACCCGUCGCCGACACGUCGUCUCCCUACUCGAAUUUCCGGUCUGAGAAAUGGGUCGUCGUUUCGGUGUCGGGUUACCCUACGGAUGCGCUCAGAGCGAUGGUGAAGAUGAGAGGGUGGCAGGUCUUGGCGAUUGGGAACUCGAGGACUCCCAAAGACUGGAACCUCAAAGGUGCCAUUUUCUUGUCUCUUGAUAUGCAAGCUAAUUUGGGUUUUCGGGUUCUGGAUUAUUUGCCUUAUAAUUCUUACGUUAGGAAGGCUGUUGGGUAUUUGUUUGCAAUCCAACAUGGCGCGAAGAAGAUCUUCGAUGCCGACGACAGAGGAGAGGUGAUUGAUGGGGAUUUAGGAAAGCAUUUUGAUGUAGAGUUGGUAGGGGAGGGCGCUAGGCAAGAACCUAUAUUGCAAUAUAAUCAUGAAAAUCCUAAUAGAACUGUAGUAAACCCAUAUAUUCAUUUUGGGCAAAGGUCUGUUUGGCCUAGAGGUUUGCCUUUGGAGGAUGUAGGUGAAAUUGGUCAUGAAGAAUAUUACACUGAGAUUUUUGGCGGGAGGCAGUUUAUACAGCAGGGGAUUUCAAAUGGUCUGCCGGAUGUUGAUUCGGUAUUUUACUUUACUAGGAAGGCUAGUUUAGAAGCAUUUGAUAUUAGGUUCGAUGAACAUGCCCCAAAAGUGUUGUUGCCACAAGGUAUUAUGGUGCCGGUGAAUUCCUUCAACACCAUUUACCAUUCUCCUGCAUUUUGGGCAUUAAUGCUUCCAGUCUCGGUUAGUACUAUGGCUUCUGAUGUAUUGAGGGGUUAUUGGGGGCAAAGGCUUUUGUGGGAAAUUGGUGGAUAUGUUGCGGUUUAUCCACCUACUGUUCACCGGUAUGAUAAGAUUGAGGCCUAUCCGUUUUCAGAGGAGAAGGAUCUUCAUGUAAAUGUGGGUCGUCUGAUCAAGUUCUUGGUUUUGUGGAGAUCAAAUAAGCAUAGGUUAUUUGAGAAGAUCUUGGAAUUAAGUUUCGCUAUGGCAGAAGAAGGGUUUUGGACUGAGAAGGAUGUGAAAUUCACUGCAGCUUGGCUUCAAGACUUGCUUUCUGUUGGGUACCAGCAGCCAAGGUUAAUGUCUUUAGAGUUGGACAGGCCACGAGCAAAUAUUGGCCAUGGGGACAGGAAGGAGUUUGUCCCACGUAAGUUGCCGUCUGUUCAUCUUGCGGUUGAAGAAACUGGGACUGUAAAUUAUGAGAUUGGGAAUUUGAUUCGGUGGAGGAAGAACUUUGGAAAUAUAGUACUAAUAAUGUUUUGUAGCGGGCCUGUGGAACGCACUGCCUUGGAGUGGAGAUUGCUAUAUGGACGGAUAUUCAAAACUGUGGUUAUUUUGUCACCGCAGAAGAAUUCGGAUCUAUAUGUUGAAGAGGGGCAACUGGAACAAGUAUACAAGCAUCUGCCAAAAAUAUUUGAUCGUUACACCAGUGCCGAAGGCUUUCUAUUCCUCGAGGAUGAUACAAUUCUUAACUAUUGGAAUUUGCUGCAAGCAGAGAAGACAAAGCUGUGGAUUACUGACAAGGUUUUGAAAUCUUGGACUACUGUGUCCGCGAGUGGUAACUCGGAUUGGUAUUCCCAGCAAGCAGACAUGGUUAAGAAAGUCGUCGACACAAUGCCAGUUCACUUCCAAGUAAACUACAAGGACGCAAUCAAAAAUGACCAGAGUCUAACACUAUGCAGCUCUGAAAUAUUCUAUGUUCCUCGACGACUUGUAGCUGACUUUGUUGAUCUUGUUAAUCUGGUCGGAAAUCUAGAGAUGCAUUACAAGGUUGCCAUACCUAUGUUCUUCGUAUCGAUGGAUUCGCCUCAGAAUUUUGAUUCUGUGCUCAGCACGAUGAUCUACAAGCGGAAACCACCUUCGACUAAUUCUUCAACUCUGUAUUCUGCUCAAGCACCAGCUGUUCAUCCCUGGAAUGUUUCUAGCGAACAGGAUUUCAUCAAGUUAAUAAGAAGAAUGGCGGAAGGUGAUCCUCUGUUAAUGGAGUUAGUUUAAAGGUAAAAUCAAAUUUGAUACAGACAAGAACUGUGAUAGAGGAUGUAAGAAAUGUACCACUGUUGCAACUGUUACACCAUUAUUUUUCUUUUUAAUUAUUUGUUUCCUAAUUUUUUUAUGGGUUGGAGAGGGUGUUCUUUAUCUUUUGUUUUGUAGCUUUGUUUUGUAGGUUUACCCUGUAUAAUUCAUUUACUGAUUGGAGAUUUGCUCCAAAGGAAAAAAAAAAAAUGUUCAUCUUCUUUUGGCUCAUGAAUAUAUGAGAUCAAACUUGUUCCCAA